GCUAUAAGUACUAGAUGUACUGGAUGUUUUGUUUUUUUUUUUUUCUAUGUGCCUACAUGAACUAUGAAUGGUCAUAGGAGAAAAAGUAGAAAAAGGAAGUAUAGAGUUGUGACCAAAAGCAAGCUCCAAUCUUAAUGCAGCAGCUUUUCUCCUUGUAACUUUAGCUUCUGUUUCUUUCAGAAAUACUUGGCAGGAUGCAUUGAAUAAAAUACUACCAUCCUUCUUUACUAAAGCCAACCACCAGCUACACAGGAGCAGGAGCAGCAAAAGGCCUGAGCACACGUGAACUUCUCUGCCUGCCUGGGAGCACCUGAUGCCCUUGAGUCACGAAUUGUCCAGCACAGAGACCUCACCCUCCCACCUGGACAGGAAGGCCUGGGAGAGCGCUGACAGCAGGAUUCUACCAAGGUCGUGAUGCCAGAGGGAUCCACGGAAGAGCUCCACAGCAGCCCACCCUGCGAGAGCCAAGUGACAGAGCCUGCUGGGCUGCUGGCUCCCAGCAGCAGCAGGACAAUGGUGACAGGAGGUGGAGGCUACCUGGGAUACAAUCUGGGAUGUGCCCUUGUUAGCUCAGGAAUUGCUGUUGUGCUCUUUGACGUUCGGAAACCUAAAUGGGAAAUUCCAAGCGGAGCGGAUUUUUUCAAGGGUGAUGUGAGGGAUUAUGAAGCAGUGUUCAAAGCAUGUGAAGGGGUUGACUGUGUUUUCCAUGUAGCUGCAUGUGGAAUGUCGGGAUUGGAACAACUUCAAAAGAAAGAUCAGAUUGAAUCCAUAAAUGUUGGAGGCACAAAAAUAAUAAUUGAUGUCUGCAAACAAAGAAAUAUCCCUAGACUGAUAUAUACCAGUACAGUGAAUGUGGUGUUUGGAGGGAAUCCUAUUGAAGAAGGAGAUGAAGAAACUGUACCAUAUUUUCCACUGGAAAAGCAAUUUAAUCAUUAUUCCAGAACCAAGGCAAUUGCAGACCAAAUGGUUCUUGCUGCUAAUGGAACUUUACUCAAAGGAGGGGACAAGCUCCACACGUGUGUGCUUCGCCCGCCGGGCAUCUACGGACCAGAAGAGCAGCGGCACCUGCCUCGAGUAGCCAUAAAUAUCCAGCGCAGACUUUUUAACUUCAAGUUUGGGAAUCACAAAGUUCAGAUGAACUGGGUUCACAUAGGAAAUCUAGUGCAAGCUCAUUUACUGGCUGCUGAGGCGCUCACCUCUGAGAAGGACUACGUAGCUAGUGGCCAGGCUUACUACAUCCACGAUGGUGAAAAUGUCAUCUUCUCUGAGUGGAUUGUGCCUUUGUUUGAAAAAUUAGGCUACAGGAAACCUUGGAUACAUAUUCCUGUUCUCCUGGUUCAUAUAGCAGCCACUGUGAUGGAAUAUCUGCACCUGAUACUAAAGCCAGUUUUUAGCUUUACACCUUUCUUGACAAGGAAUGAGGUGUGGAAUGUCACAGUAACUCACACAUUCCGAAUAGACAAGGCACGAAAUCAACUUGGUUACAAACCAAAGAAAUUCUCAUUUGCUGAUUCUGUGGAUCAUUACCUAAAAACAAGACCUACCUGCCAAGAAGAUCACACGUUCUUUAAAAUGGUGAUUGUUUUUGGCAUUUUGUUAAGCUUGAUCAUUCUUUCUUUCUUCUAA